UGCGGAGGUAGUGAAGUGAAUUGCGUCAGUGGCGCAUGCAUGAAAUGCGCCUAAUCUGGCCAGGCGGAUGAAAGUAGAGGCGCACUGUGGGGAGAGAGGAAAAAGUUCUCGACGAGGAGAGGCAGGACUACUCUUACGGAGCUCCUGCAAUCUCGCUUUUUAUGCCUCUUCAACACUUUCACUGCCAUCCUUUUCGCAUUUUUCGCGCUGUAUUACGCCGCAGCUGCGCUUCCGUGAGAGAAAUACUACCUUUUUUCUACUUAAGUGAAAGCACCAUGGAGCUGCUCUGCCUCGAAAUGGACACCAUCCGAGCUCGUCCCGAUCCGAACCUCUUGUGCGACGACAGAGUCUUGCAGAGCUUGUUGACCAUAGAGGAGAGGUUUCUACCCCAAUAUUCCUAUUUCAAAAGCGUCCAGAAAGAUAUUCAGCCCUUUAUGAGGAGGAUGGUCGCCACUUGGAUGUUGGAGGUUUGUGAGGAGGAGAAGUGCGAGGAAGAGGUUUUUCCCCUGGCCAUGAACUACUUAGAUAGAUUUUUAGCUGUGGUACCCACCAAAAAGUGCAACCUGCAGCUGCUGGGAGCAGUGUGCAUGUUCCUUGCAUCCAAAUUGAAAGAGACCCGUCCAUUAACAGCAGAGAAGCUUUGCAUCUACACAGAUAACUCCAUCAGACCACAAGAACUGCUGGAGUGGGAACUGGUGGUGUUGGGGAAGUUGAAGUGGAACCUGGCGGCAGUGACACCCAACGACUUCAUCGAGCACAUUGUGAGGAGGCUGCCGCUGCCCGAGGAUAAGCUGGCACUUAUACGCAAACAUGUCCAGACCUUCAUCGCCCUCUGUGCCACAGAUUUCGGAUUCGCCAUGUAUCCUCCCUCCAUGAUCGCCACAGGAAGUGUGGGGGCAGCCAUCUGCGGCCUGCAGCUGGAUUCAGCUGACCAGUCGCAGUGGGGUGACAGUCUGACAGACCUGCUGGCCAAAAUCACAAACACAGAAGUGGACGUCCUCAAAGAGUGCCAGGAGCAGAUUGAGCGCGUGUUGGUGAGCAGCCUGCGUGAGGGCCGCCAGCAGCAGCAGACGCAAAGAGGCCCCAGCGGGAAAGGCCUGGACGAGCUGGAUCAGUCCUCCACCCCCACAGACGUGCGCGAUGUCAACUUGUGAACCACCAGAGGGCGAUACUGUACAGGAUUUACAAAAAAAAAGCAUCAUGAAAAUGAAAAAUGAAUUUUUUUUUUUAAAUGCAGAACAAAAGAAGAAAAAAUGACAAAAAAAGACACAAGCCCUUUAAAAGAAAAAGAACAGUGUUUGUAGAUUUUUCUUCAAAUGAAAAACACCUGCCCACAAAAUCAGAUUUCCUACAAUGUUCUUGUCCAAAAGCAAACAAAUUUGAUUGAAGAUGACGCUCUGCGGUGCCUUGGAUAUACAGAAGGGAAGCCAAUCAUAUCUGCACUCUGCCUUUGAUUGUGUAGUACGAUCGUUAACUUAUAUGAACCCAUGCUAGAGGUUGUGGAAACCAUUCAAAAGAUGUCAUGGGAUCACGGUGGGGCUUAUUAUUAUUUUAUUUUUUUCUUUCUCCGUUUUGUUUUACAUGAGUAGAAUCACUACUUUCAUGGCUGAUGCGAGAGAGGACACAAGCUCCUCAACCAUCAGGAGGUCCACGCGAGAGAGACGGACGAAGCCGUGAGAAUAUGUUAAAAGUUGGUGGGUCGCGAUUCCAUGGAAGAGGCGGGAUCAUAAUAAUUAUUGAUAGUAUUAGUAAUUGUUAUGGUUAUUAUAGAUAAUAUCAUUGGAUAUGUUUUUGAAACUGAGUAGUAGAGAUCAAUAAACUCCUCUUUGUCUGGCUGCUUGUGUGUCAGUUAGGUGUGUGUGUUCAUGUGCGAACACGGCAGAUAACGAGCAUGCGUGUGUGUGUGUGUGAGGUAUGAAUGCGUCGUGUGAACCUGUAUCUAUGGUAACCACGUGCGGUCUGUGGAGCAAAGUUGAGUCUACACUUAAAGGACUACGUACGAGCUGGAGGAGGCUACACGUAGUAGUAGGGCAUAACAGGGCAUCGAUGCUAGAUCACUGACUUUAUGCAUUACCGAUGCAUCAUGGUUCAUUGUUGGCCAACAAUAAACUUGUGUGCAUGCACUAUGAGUGAGACGGAUAGAGAUAUAGCGAGGUAGGAUGUGGGGGCGAAGGGACUUUCACUUAGAGCCCCCUUAUCUUUCCGAGAGCAUUUUCCCUGAGGUGUUAAACCUCAGACUUGGAGGUCAUUUGAGGUGUUUGUUUAUUACUUCCAUUCUUAUAAUGAUGAUGCAGAUACUUCUUUCUAGUCACGUUGUUACGAGAUGGUGUUUCCCGAGUUGCGAGAGGCUGCUUCGAGCGCGGACAGAGAGUCGUAAUGACAAAUGUGAUGCUUUUUAAAGUCUGGAGGACAUUGGAUUCUACCAGGUGUGGUGUGGAAAGAAUUAGAAAGAGAGGGACAGUUUUUGCAACUAAUAAAAGUCCCCGUUGAACUGUGUGAGGCACGUGACUGCCGAGCACAGGGCUUGUAGGACAGAGAGGGUUCUGGUUGUGCUGCUGUGAGGAGAAUUUGCGGUCAGCGGCCGGAAGAUGAUAACAAACUAAAGAUGCUUUUAAAGGCCUUAUGAUAAAAAAAAA